AAUGUUUCCAAAAUUAGUCAAUAUUAGCAUAAUUAAAUCCUUUUUCGAAUAAGCGCUUAGUGGCUUCUGCCUAUUCAUUUACUAAAAUGUAUCUUAAAAUAAUAAUAAAAAGUAUGCUGUGUGCAGUUUUCGCGUUUUUGUUGACAUUUUAUUUACGCAGGGCUCGAGAAAAAUAUGCUCAAACCGUUUUGCAGCAGCAUAGACCUCCGAACCCCGAGGAGCCUCUACCACCAUCAUACUCCCCAUUGCUUGCAUUUCCACAAGCUGCAAUUUGUUCUGACAACAAUGCAUGUAGUAUUAUAGCCAGGAAGAUUUUAGAGCGAGGGGGCAGUGUGGUGGAUUCCGCCCUUUCAUCUUUGCUAUGCAAUGGUCUUCUAGGGAUGCAAAGCAUGGGAUUGGGCGGUGGUAUGCUAAUGAACAUUUAUAUACAUAACGAGCGACGCUCCUACAGCAUUCUUAGCCGCGAAAUUUCCCCCAUGUCGCUACAUGCAGCCAACUUUACUGUAUUUCGAAAUGAAGAUCAUCUAAAGCAGUCCAGUUGGUCCAUCGCUGUGCCCACUGAGCUGAUGGGAUAUGCCUUGGCGCAUGAACGAUUCGGUAAAUUACCGUGGCGAGAAAUUGUUGAGCCCACUAUAGAAAUAUGUCGAAAAGGAUAUCGCCUCUACAAGCAUCAGUACGAUGCUCUUUUGAUAAAUGAGGAAAUGGUCAGAAGCGAUACACUUUUGAGCCAAUUGUUUGUGAAACCAUCAACUGGAGAAUUUUGGAAUAUUGGUACUCAUCUAUACCCGCCUGAACAAUUAUGCGAUACUUACGCCCAUAUAGCAAAGGAAGGACCACGUAGUUUUUAUAAAGGUUCCUUGGGGAAAAUGGUGCAUGACGACUUACUUGAAAUGAAGAGCGUUAUUACCGAAAACGAUUUGAAUGCUGCCCAUGCCAGAUUAAGAGAAUCCAUUGUCGUUCCAUUGGAUGAGUAUGACUUGCACUUGACACCGUUGCCAGGCAGUGGAUAUGUCCUCGGUUUUAUUAUGAACAUUUUGCUGCAAUACCGCAAAGAAUUUCAACAAAAACGUCAUCUAGGACCCCUGGAAAUUCAUAGGAUUGUUGAAGCUAUGAAAUUUGGAUUUGUAAAGCGUUGGCAGUUGGACGAAUCGGUCGACGAAGGGCUUCUGGAUAAUAUGACCAGUUCAGCAUAUGCAGAAGAAAUUGCUAAACUAAUCGACGACUCUAGAACUUUCGACGAACCGAUGAAUUAUGGCGCUACUUCAGAGGUCCAUUCUCGACCAGAGUAUGGAACAUCUCAUAUCUCCGUACUCUCCAAAGACGACGCUGUCUCAGUUACGAGUUCCAUAAAUUUCUACUUUGGCAGUGGACGUAUGGGGAAACGUACGGGCGUUUUAUUCAAUAACGCGAUGACCGACUUUUCCAUCGAACGGCUGAAGAAUCAUUUUAACUUACCAUUUGUACCCAAUAAAAAUAUGAUAACCGCAGGUGCCACACCAAUGUCAUCCAUGACUCCAGUAAUUGUGACUGAACGUUCCACGGGCAAAGUGCGUUUAGUAGUUGGCGCAGCCGGUGGCACAAAAAUCAUAAGUUCACUCGUACCGGUACUGAUACGCACACUUUGGCAGCAAGUGAAUAUAAAAGGUGCCAUCGAUGCAUACAGGGUUCAUCAUCAGAUGCUGCCAAAUGUCCUGGAGUACGAAUAUGGUCUGUUACAGAGCCACUUGGUGGAGUUAGAAUCGAAGGGCCAUCAAUGCCAACGCUAUUUAAAUCGCGGUUCAGUUAUUUGUGGGAUCGAACAAACAAAUGAAACGAUUUUUGUAAAUUCAGAUUUUCGUAAAAUGGGUGGAGUUACAGGGUAUUAGAUAUUACCCCAGUGCAGCAACCCAUCCCGAUAGUAUUUAAGCAACUAGAUCUCAAUGCCCAACCAGUAAUGCUUUAUGUUGUCGAGCUACAAAUAGUUUGAAUUCCAUAAGAAUUAUCUCUAACACGCAUACUUGACUGCUGGCCUCAAAAAUUUAAUUGUGGCAACAAGUCUGGCAACUACAAAGAUUUUAUUAAUGUAACUAAAUGUUCUGUGAUAAUUAAAUUCAUAAAUAUUUAUACGAUGCCAGUAUGCACGUAGAUUGUGGCCGCUUCUCAAUGCUCAACUGAAUUUUGGACUUCCACGGCAUCUUUGUUCGUUUGGAUGUAGAAUGGCAUGAUUCCAUUCCAAUUUAAAUGUUGUGUCGAUCAUUCCUUAUAUAUUACAUAAAUGUAUGCUUGCACAAUAUUGCGUGUGUAUGUUGAAGCACGCAAUUCAAUUGACCGCUCAAUCAAUCGAUCAAUCAAUUAUGUGCUUACCGAGAACUUAAACGUGCAGCUCAUAUGUUUGCAUGUGUGCUAAGCUAUAUAUGUAGAUAUUUAAAUUACAAAGUCGGUAAUCCCCAAGCAAAAACACGCGCAUUAGAGUAGAA